UGGUGGGAGCCUUGAGAGGCCAUAAGAAGGCCGUGUUGUGCUUGGCCGUCGUGUCGGAUUUGGUCUGCAGCGGCUCGGCGGACAAGACGAUCAGAAUUUGGAGAGGGGUCGCCGGAAAUUAUCUUUGUUUGAUGGUUUUGGAAGGCCAUAACGGUCCGGUCAAGUGUUUGGCGGCGGCCGUUGAUCGCUGCAACCAAAACGACAUGUCGUUUAUGGUUUAUAGUGGUGGUUUGGACUGUGAUAUCAAGGCGUGGCAAAUUUCUGUUCCUCUUCUUUAAAAAAACUAAACUCAAAUAAUACUUAGGUGCUCAUGGUUAGUAUACCUAUUUUGUCGAUCAUUAGUAAAAUUUUUAAUGCAAAAAACAAAUGUAUUUUUUUUCUGUUUUUCAAAAAAAUUAAAAGGCCGUCCAAUUUUUAGUCGUGGUCAGUGGAUCUGAUUGAUAAGUAUCUAAGUAUUAAGUAUUAUUCUAGAGAUUUUCUUUAGUUUGGUUCCAAGGGAUUUGUGUACAUAGAGUUUAGUUUAGUGCAUUUGUAUCUUUCGUUUCUCUUUUAAGGAGUGUUGCUUGGUUUGCAAGAGAGAUUAUAUGGCAAACCGGAAGAGGUUUGCAAAUAUGAAGAAAAUUAGUUUAUGAAUAUUAUUCGAAAAGAGUUCAUAUUGAUUUGAA